UCACUCGCUAGCAGUGUUUGUCCACACUUCACCUGCCCGCUCCACACAGAGCAGCUUGUCUGAUCCUUUCAUCUCGCCGAACAAGAGCUGUCUGAAUCCAACAACUUAAGCCUUUAACAUUUUGAGAUACCCUUCGGACAUCGGAAGUGACUGUACAAAGAAGAAACCGGGUUUUCUUUAAGGAUGCAGUCGGUUAUCUACCUUUUCGGUGCCUUGAUAGCAGCCCUGAUGUUUUCUCCAGGGAGCUGCAAACAGACAGUCACGGCUCUGUACGGCGAGACUAUUGAAGUGCCAUGCAACGAGGGAAAUAACAAGCCAGAAGGCCUCAUUUUCACCAAAUGGAAAUACAUUAAGGACGACGACUCUGCGGGCGAUCUUCUCGUGAAGCAUCCUCAGAAAGACGAAGCGACCGUCUCCGCCACGGACGGAUACAAAAACAGAGUUAGCAUCGCUGAAAACUCCAGUCUGCUGAUCGCUCAGGGCUCGCUGGCCGAUCAGAGAGUUUUCACCUGCAUGGUGGUGUCUUUAACCAACCUGGAAGAAUACUCGGUGGAAGUGAAAGUUUACAAGAUACCAUCGGCCCCUGUGAUCAAAAACAAAGCGAAGGAACUGGAAAACGGCAAACUAACAACGUUGGGGGAAUGCGUGGCAGAGAGUGGCAACCCAGCCGCAGAUCUCAUCUGGAUGAAGAACAACCAGCCGCUUAUGGAUGAUGGCAAGACAAUUAUCAUCAAAUCUACUGUUACCAAGGACCCAGCCACACAUUUGUCGAGCACGUCUUCCAGUCUGCAGUACACUGCCAGUAAAGAGGACAUGGCAUCGCAGUUUACCUGCAUGGCGAAACAUGUGCUGGGCCCAGACCAGGUUUCAUCGGCUGAGAUCUUCCCAAUUCACUACCCCACUGAGAAGGUGAGUCUACAGGUCCUCUCUCCGAGUCCCAUUAGGGAAGGUGAUAAUAUAACACUGAAAUGCCAGGCGGAUGGAAACCCUCCCCCUACCAGCUUCAAUUUCAACAUUAAGGGUCAGAGGGUCACAGUGACGAACAAGGACAUCUAUACUAUUACUGGAGUUACCCGAGCCGACAGUGGCGUGUACAAAUGCUCCCUGCUCAAUAAAGAUGAGAUGGAGUCCACUCAGAUUGUUACAGUGAGCUUUCUGGAUGUAAGCCUCAGUCCUAAAGGGAAUGUGGUGAAAAAGGUCGGGGAAAGCUUGGUGGUGUCAUUGGAAAAGAACUCCUCCGCUGAAGCAAAAGUGACAUGGACAAAGGACAAGCGUACACUAGACAAACUGCCCAGCUUCUCCAAUCUGACAUACAGCGAAGCAGGACUGUACGAGUGUGACGUGUCCAUUGAAGGAAUCAGACGCACCUUUUUUUUCAAGCUGACGGUAGAAGGUACUCCAAAAAUUAGGAGUCUGACAAAGCAUCGCAGCACUGACGGCAAACACAAAGUCCUGACGUGCGAGGCAGAGGGUUCACCUCAACCAGACGUGCUAUGGAGUGUCAAUGGAACUAAUGAUCAGAUGUCAUACGUCCAAGGGAAGGCCACAUACAAACUGACCGUAGUGCCUAGUAAGAACCUCACCGUCACCUGCGAGGUGACCAAUAAACUAGGAAGUGAUAAAAAAGAUAUCAGCGUAUUUUCACUAUUUGAGGAGGAGAAGGCCAGUCCAGAUAAAAGUGAAGGGGGUGCAGAGCAGGCCAAGGUGAUUGUGGGUGUUGUGGUUGGUCUUAUCAUUGCUGCUGCACUGGUUGGACUGAUCUACUGGCUCUAUAUAAAGAAAUCAAGACAAGGCAGCUGGAAGACUGGAGAGAAGGAGGCGGGCACUUCAGAAGAGAGCAAGAAACUGGAGGAAAACAACCAUAAAGUCUAGAGGAGAGGAGAGCCAUCACGAAGAUGAAGAAGGUAUGAACUAGGAAAGAGGCCUUUGUCACACUGAUUGUGCUGUACUACACACUUCAAUCAUCUAAUUCCAGACAUCUGAUUGGACGCAGACACCUCCUCUUCAGGCUGCUCGUGUGCAUCAUGCAUCUCAGAAUGUUUCCAGAAUAUUUCCUAACCCAGAUGAACAGUUUGCUAAAUCAUAAUUUCCCCACCGCAAGCCAGGAAUAUAAGAAAACCACUUGUGUUGUAAAUUUAGCCUGCACUGAGGACUGCUUUGAGUUUUGGAUUUGAUCUUUUUGUGUUCCCAGUGAGUGUUCUUGUUUUAUGCGCGUUGCUGAUGUGGUGGGCACAGCUCGAUUUUCCCCUCUAGUAAAAAUGUAAAUUCGCUGUACACUUUUUAGGCCUAUGUAAAUAAAUCAGGGGCGAUGUUCUCUCUGCGUAACAUUUGGGAUUGCUGAAAAAAUUAUGGAUUGGUUGGGACUAGGCAUCGAAUCGCCCUUUCUCGGAAAUCUCAGUGGCGCUCGGAUUCUGGAACGAUGACUUCACUGCUGUUACAUUCUCUGUUCUCUAAAACAUGUUUGUGUAUGUCAUGUUUUAUUUAUUAGUACCUCUUUACAACUCUGCCCAAGACGUUUGUCAAAUGUCCCUGCAUCACCGUGGAGUGGCUAAGUAGCGUAAAUGAAUUUAGAUGAACGGAAAUUUAGUAUAGCUAAUAAAAUGUCCCAUUACACCCAGUGGCCUUUAGGUUGGAUUGCAUGAUGCCAUAGUUGUGUAGGGCUCUGAACUCAGAACAGAACACGGUCCGUUAGUUUAAUGUAGAGACAUAAACUUGUGACUGAGGUAAAGUGAUGCAUCUAGUGUAGAUACAUGCAAACGUCCCCUCUCUCGAUAUCAAACUGGACUGUAGCAACCUUGCAUGCAGAGCCUUUAUUUUUUUGGUUGGAAAUAGAAAUAUAAUAACCCCUUAGUUCUUUAAUUCUGCCUUAAUAGAAAGAGUCAGUAUUGGAAGGUGUACCCGAGUCAGUACUUUAAUGUGAAACCUCAGACUUUUCGGGAAUGUCUAAUUUUGCAGAAUAACUUUAUAGCUUUUCACCGUGAAGAGUUGCACUUCCCUAAGACUACCACUACACAUUUUUUGUUUCAUGUUCUAUUUGCCAGAUAGGUCUGUACUGUUUGUCAGGUUAACGUCCGACACUGUAGUCUUUAGGAAAUUAUUCCGUUCAUUGUGGUCUGAAGAAGCGUGCUGUAAAUAUGUCUGAAUGUCUAGCUUGUGUUUGGCUAUUUAUAGUGUGUGAGAAAUGCAAGGUUAGCCGUACUGCUCGCGGUCACUGAAGAGUCCGAACUCAUGAUUUUAUUUAAAUCCUUAAAACGUGUAAUCUCACGAUAUUUAAAAGCAAUUUGGUUCACUUUUUUGUCUUCAUAAAGGACUGUUGUGUUGAAGAAUGGUUAUGUUCCGUGUAAUUGUCUCAUGCAUAUUUGAACCAUCAGGUCAGCAGUGAAACCAAAGAGGGUUAUUGAGAAGAAGGCCAUAAAGUAUUGUAAAUAAACUUUUGUUUUUGUACUUUUGUUGACA